GUACGGAACCCUCUUUGCGGCGGCCGUUGCGGCCGCUGCCGCGACCGUCGCGAGCUACGAUGAGGAACUGGAGCUGGAUGCCAUGAAGGUGAUGUUGCUCCAAUCGAAGUUGCAACUUCGGACGGCCGUCGACCAAGGUAGCUCCAGGUCCAGUUUUAUCUCUGGUGUAGACCUUCUGGAGCUUCGCGUGAGAGCCCUGGAGGCCAAGUUGGACCGGGUCACUGCCUCCAGCGGCACACCCUGGCAGCUUAGCGCAGAUGGUUGUGGUGGAAUCAGCGAGCUAAAGAGCAACUUUUGUGGAUGA